GGCGCGUUCCCGGAAGCGGGCAGCUCAGGCGUGGACUUUUUCGCGUGUCAAAAAGUCUGGCUGGUCGGGAGGCGACGCGGCGGGAGCUCGCGGGCUUUUGCAGCGCUGAGCAUCUUUGUUCAGGAACAAGCCUUGUUGGCGUUGAAGAGGCGGGCUUGCUUGCUAAUUAGUCUAACCCAGGCUCUCUAAUUUGAAGGUGCACCUCCUUAUUCAUUGAAGGACCAGCAGUUGAUCUUGUGUGUGUGUAUAUAUACAACAGUAAAAGAGCCCAGCAGUGGCCUUGGCUAUUUGACAGCAGCAGGACUGACAGGAGUUGAAACAGAUGUCCAGCCGGGCAUUGCAAAGGGAGGAGGGGGACGGAGUGAAGUUGUAUGACCGAGAGGAGCUAAACAGGAAGAUUAAAGAACAGAAAGUUUUAGUUGAUGAACUUUCUAAUUUGAAGAAAAACCGAAAGGUUUACAAGCAGCAACCCAACAGCAACAUAUUCUUUUUAGCAGACAAAGCUCAGACACUAUCUGAAUGCAAAAAUACAUUAGAUGAACUGAAGAAGUCACAUCAGGAAAUGGAAAAUUCAGAGAAAGCCAAAAUUAAAAAAUAGCUAAAUUGAACCAGAGUUCAAAAUGUGUGGCAUUUGCUGUGUGGUCAGCUUGUCUGCCCAUCCCCCUAGCACUUGUCUCUUGGAAAAGGCUGUCUUAGGUCAUCUUAGAAGAAGAGGACCUGAUAGUAGCCAGCAUUUGGUAAAGAGUGUACCCCAUUGUCCACAUCACUGCUUAUUCUCUGGCCAUGUCCUUCACUUAAGGGGAGAAAUGACUCCACAGCCUGUGGAGGAUCUUACUAGUGGUAAUGUGUUUCUUUGGAAUGGAGAAGUCUUUGAUGGGAUCGCCAUCACUUCUGAAGAAAAUGACACUCAAUUUAUUUUUCGCCAGCUUUGCUCCUGCAGUAGCGAGUCAGAUGUGUUGUCACUGCUGUCUUCCAUUCGGGGCCCAUGGUCGUUUAUUUUUUACCAGGCAUCUAGCCAUUAUUUAUGGUUUGGAAGGGACUGCUUUGGUCGCCGCAGUCUUCUGUGGCAAUUCAAUGAAGAACUGGACAAGGUUCUUAUCCUCAGCUCUGUAAGCUCUGCCUCUGACCCUCCGUGGUGGGAAGUUCCAGCAUCAGGAAUCUUCAGGAUUGAUCUUCAGGACUGUGGCACCUCUAAAGCUGUGGCUUUAACACUGCAUCCUUGGAAAUAUCCUUCCAAAGAAAACACAGUUGAAGAAGUAGCCAUCUGUGACCUAAGUGUGAUUUCCAGACAUUUACCAACCCAUGUGGCUCUUGUAAUAAAUGAAUCCCACGCAUUGUUUGCUCCUGUCACUCCUCUGAACAAGGAGAUCCAUGACAUGCCAGAGGAAUCCCAGUGCUUUGAUUGUACUAAAAUCGUAGCUGAUGUGAGUGUUCUUCAGAUGUUUCUUGCGGAGGACCACAGGAAGAAAAUCGUUCAUCAAUUUAUUGACGUGUUGAGUACAUCAGUAAAAAGACGGGUCUUAUGCCUGGUUAGAGAUAAUGAUCCAUUAAGAGGGAAAAUGCCAGGGGCAGCUUCCAGAAAGCCCCGCGUGGCCAUCCUUUUUUCUGGUGGCAUUGAUUCUGUUGUUAUAGCAACCCUUGCUGAUAGACAUGUGCCAUUAGAAGAACCCAUUGAUCUUCUCAAUGUGGCUUUCAAGCUUCCAGAACAGAAUAGUCAAAGUAUUUCCAACAGGAAGCCCAGCAAAGGGAAGAAACAACUGCCACCUAGUUUGGAAUGCUUCAAUGGCAAUAACACGGUAACUUGCAGCUCUUUGGCAUCUUUUAAUGUGCCUGACAGAAUUACAGGCAGGGCGGGAUUGGAAGAACUGAGAAACAUCAAUCCUUCAAGGUCCUGGAAUUUUGUGGAAAUCAAUGUUACAGUGGAGGAUUUGAAAGAAAUGAGGCAGAAACACAUAAGUCACUUGGUGUAUCCACUGGACACUGUUUUAGACGAUAGCAUCGGCUGUGCUGUGUGGUUUGCUUCUAGAGGAGAAGGUCUGGUUACCCACCAGGGAGAUACAAGACCCUACAAAAGUCCUGCGAAGGUGGUACUUACAGGAAUUGGUGCAGACGAGCAGCUGGCAGGCUAUUCCAGGCAUCGUGUUUGCUUUAAAAACCAUGGUUUGGCAGGUUUGAAUGAAGAGCUAGAAAUGGAAUUGGGACGCAUUUCUUCUAGAAAUCUUGGCCGAGAUGAUAGAGUUAUUGGAGAUCAUGGCAAAGAAGCAAGGUUCCCCUUUCUUGAUGAAGAAGUUGUAUCUUUUCUUAAUUCUCUUCCUGUCUGGGAAAAAGCGAACUUGGCUCUGCCUCGAGGCAUUGGGGAGAAACUGCUUUUGCGCCUGGCAGCUGUGGAGCUCGGCUUAACAGCCUCCUCGGUCCUGCCGAAGAGGGCGAUGCAGUUUGGCUCCAGGAUUGCGAAAAUGGAGAACAGAAACGAAAAGGCGUGUGACAAAUGCACAAGACUUCAGUCUGUUUCAGUAGAGUAGCUGUUAUGCACAGGCUUCGAGGCUCCCUUUGGCAGAUGAAUCACGCUGUAGAUGCAGUCCAGGAAACUUCUGAGGUAACAGAGGCAGUGGUUCUAGUAUCUGAUUGACAGCAAGUCCCCGUUGGACCAGUAAGAUUUAAUUUCUGAUUUAAUGGGCACUAUCAAGCUACCUGUCCCAUUGAAAACAUGGGAUCAGACAUUACAACUAACUUAAUUCUGUUGGGUUUCUGUGGAGUCUGGCCAUGGCUAACUAGCUAGAUUGGGCUAUGUUUUAAAAGCUAUUUCUGUGUCUUAUAUAUGAAGCAAAAUAAAGUUGUUUUGUUUAAUA